AUGGAUGUAGAGCUGAAGGCAACAGCCACUGCCUUGCAGGAUGCUAUCAACAAGCUCCAACAUGAGUACAAACGUCUGAGCCAGAUCACCAUCAGCUCUGGUGAUGAGGAACAGGAUCCUAACAAGCUCUCCACCUCAGAGCAAAAACUGGUCCGCCUCUGCUCCAGGAACAGGAGGUGCCUUUCUAGGUUAAUGGCGGUCGAAUGGGAUGCAGACAAGAAGUCAGAGUCCAGCUCCAUUGUAUCUUCAGAGUUGAGCUCGGAGGAUAUAUCACCAUCAUCGGACCCGCUGGACUCUGACGAAUCAAGUGACUCGCCUCCUAAUGGCCCAACCAGGAGGGAGUACUCCAGAGAAUACAGUCUCAGGGACUCUGGUAAUGGCGAUUCUGGAGACUCUGGGAUCUACCGUCGGGAUUCCGACAGGUCGUCUCACAAAUUGGACACCUCGAAUUGUGGUGACUUGGAUACAAUCAACGAGGAAGAUUUGUCGUCAAUUUUGAGGCCAAAGACUAUUGUAACCGACCUGGAAACAUGUAAGGAUUUUGUGCAGAGCUUGGCAGAGCAGGUGCAAGCCAUGCAGGAGGCAUUGAGGAAGAGCAAAGAUGAUUUGUUAGAAGUGGAUGAGGAGGAGUUAGAGGAAGAUAGAGAUAUGGGUGUAGAAGAUAUGGUAGUGCAGCAUGAUAGGGAGAGGGUGCCUGAGGUAGAGGAUAUCUACGAGACAACACCAUUGGUUGAGGUUAGGCUCAACUCUGAGAUGGAUGAAGAACAUCAAAGUGAUGGACAUCAGAAUGGAGGAAAUAUUUUCUGGGAAAACGAACCACUCUCAGUCAGAGAGCGUGUCAUGCAGAUUGACAGGGCUACGCUCGGACGGGAACACCGGUUAUCGUAUAGAGGGCACUCUCCAAUAGAACGUGAUUCCUAUGCCAGUCGUGAGUCCCAUUUCAGCCUUCUCAGUCAUGAAUCACACAGUAGUCACCUGUCACGAGGCAGUCAAGAGUCGCAUCAAAGUCUGAAAUCCUCGCUUGAUUCCCAUGCUAGCCAUGCUUCCUUUGGCCAUCAUGAACUGCACGGAACCUUUGACUUACCUGGUAUGAGGGAGUCAUACAGCAGUCAUGGGUCAAAUAACACCUAUGAUUCCAAGAGCAGUAGUCUUGUCAAUGGGGAUCACAGUCCAAUCCCAAAACGUAUUUCAAAUGAGAGCCAACCCAGGGAGAGGUCACGUGGUACCCCUAGCCCUCCACCAUCUAAAUUCACCAACGGGCCAUUAAGGUCAAGCAACCCUAUAAAUAAUGUGCAAAAGAUCAACAAUGGUACAAACAAUGGUACAACCAGUCAGUCCAAUAUGAACGGUACUUCAAGUAAACCUAGACCACCUGCCCGGCAGAACAUCCCACCAACAAAACCCAUUCCUCCUGCAAGACCAAACGGGAUUACUAAAAUGAAUGGACAGCCACUCCCUAAUGGAGUUGUCAAGCCUACCAGGGAUGGUAGGACAAGUGGUCCACUCAUUAGGAGUAUACCAACCAAUCAGGUUAUAGAUGAUGGAGGGUAUGAGACGCCAAUUCAGUGCAAACCCAUUCCACCUGCACGCAACAUGGCUGGCCAAAAACAAAGAUCGUCACAUGUGCAGGCAGACUACGAGGAAGUUAUCCAAUUACCCGGGAAUGUCUGCGAUAAUCAAACUACCGGUCUGUGUGUACGGACCUCUAAGAAAGACGACUAUAUUCACGUGUCGUCGACCUACGAAGUGACCGAUAUUCAGGCCAAUGGAAGUCAACCCAGCCGUAACGACAGUGACAAAAGCACCAACGGCAACGGUGUCCAGAGGACUGUGACGGAAGAGGGCGCAAUUUAUGAGUUCCCUCCCGAUACAUGUCAUGUGGAAGAAGUGCCUCAGCCUGUGUCUGCCAUGGAGGAGGAGCCCCCUAAAGAGUGCUUUGAGGAGCAUCCUCUACCAGAACCUGUCAUAUACAAGUAUGAUGGACCUGAGGUGUUUGGAGAGAAUAUCAAAACAGAACCCGUCAGGUUCGAGGAGAGAGAUGCUAUCAAGAAAUGGGACCCGGUACCACUACUGCGAGAGCUGUACUCUAACGUCCAGCGACACAAGGACCAGACCACUGGUCAGCGCUACUCCAGGAAUGACUCCAGCCCCAGGUCAAACAGGGCGGGGGAGAUUAGCAUGGAGGGGUACAUGGAGAAACUCCCCAUGGGUAGAAGGAGAGCGUCUCUUAUCAAGAAGUGGAAGAAGAGAUACUUCAGGGCCAAGAAUGGAAAUCUCUUCUAUUAUGAGGAUCACAAGGCCAAGAAGUCAUUGGGAUACAUUCAUCUGAUAGGAGGCAAGGUGACUGAGAUCAGUAAUAAGGUCUUAGAAGUGACAGACAUGAGGGGGAGAGUACUGCUGCUGCGAGGUAAUAGUAAGAUGGAGUUUGAAGACUGGAAGAACAUCUUAACAGCAGAGACAGGUGCAUUUGUGCCCAAGUCUACCAUCGCCCCUCCCAUUAGCAAGAGGGUGCUGGUAGUGGAUCUGGGUGGUUCGUCCGUCAGGGCAGGGGUACUGUCAGAGUCAGAGACCCCCUACCCACAGGUGUUCUUCCCCUGCGUGGCCGCCACCCAUGGGCGGAGUAAAGACAAGACCGCUUACGGGUUUAACGCUCUUGCCCCUGACUGCAGGGCUAGCUCCAAGCUGCAUUUCCCAUUCAGGAAACAGGCCAAACUAGAACAGUUCAAGCUGAACAUGUCUGUCACAGAGGGCCUCCUGGAAACAGCUUUCUCGGAGCUAUGUGUAGAUCCCAUUGCAUAUACUGUGCUUGUCAUUGUACCAUUCAACAUGGGACCAAAGAUGACUGAGAAGCUGGUUGAAAUGAUCUUUGAACGAUUCAAUGUAGAGGGCAUCCUGGUUCAAGAACAGGCACUGAUGGCACUCUACUCAUACAAAGCUACCUCAGGCAUAGUGGUCAACAUUGGUGAGAGGGUAGACAUCGUGCCGAUCGUGGAUGGUUACAUUGUGGAGAAGGGGGUGUACAGGUUACCGUUUGGAGGGAGGCAGAUCACAGAGCAUCUCACCAGGCUUCUAACAGAGACAGGCCACAGGUUAUUCUCUGAGGUGGAGAAGUACAUUGGAAGACUGUUGAAAGAGAAGGCCUGUUUUGUAGCCCAGGACUACCAUGCAGAGCUCAAAUUUUGCUCCCUGGACCCAGAACUCUGCAGCACGUACCUGGACCUGGAUAAAUAUGACGUACCAAACGGAACAGGAACUAUCAAGUUGGACUACUCCAGAUUCCGCUGCACUGAGGGCCUGUUCCACCCUGAGGUUUGGGGCAAGGACCAUCCUGGUCUUCAUACACUGGUCUACAAUGCAAUCCAGGCAUGCAACAUGGAACAAAGGAAAACAAUGGCCAAGAGCAUCUACCUGUGUGGAGGUACAACUUUGCUACCAGGCAUUGCAGAGAGAUUGAGAACGGAACUCACCAAGAUGCUACCAAAGAGUACACUGGUCAAGGUCCAUGCUGCACCAGAGCGCUACCAUGCAGCCUACAACGGAGCCAACGUCCUGGCACCUCUCUCAGCAUUUGAUAACAUGUGUAUCACAAAGGAAGAAUGGAGACAGCUGGGACCAACAAGUCUCACAAAAUGGACAACCUCGUAGACUUGCUCAGAUGCUCUGGUGACAAUUGCUCUUUGGCUGGUUUUCUGUACUUGGUGAAUUUCAAACUUCAUUCUCGGACCAAACACUAUACCUAGCCAGAACUCUUAACCCUUCACCUGAAAUGAAACCCUAAUGCAACCUUAACCCUUGCCCUGUAUCUUUGAAAAAAAUAAAGCCAUGAGCAGUUGUUGCCCUAGCUAGCAUAUGUUGGAUCACAAGGAAGUCAUUUCUUGACUGGAUCUCAAAGUUCAACUGUUUAUCAAGUAGCCAUUUUGGAUUAAUUUAUUAGAUUACAAGCUUUUUUUGUUUUACACUCAUGCAACAAUUUUUUUUCCCCUCUAAAAUACAUGUAAGCUAGAUGAUGAGGAGGAGAGUAAAUAUUUUUGACAGAUUCAACUUGUUGGUGAUUGUGAACAAAUAAUGGGGAGUUAAAGCUUACAAUCUUUUAAAAAUGUAAUUUUAGAGAUUGCACUCUUUAAUGGUAUACACAAGUUCAAGACAUCUUGUUCGUGACAAAAUUCUUAUAUGUAAAGAGGAUUAAAUUGUUGACAUUGACUUUGUAUAUAAAAGUUUGAACUACACGUUUGGUAGUUUUUUUCUUUUUGUCAAUCUUUUUAAUGCUGAAGAGAAGCAAACUAGGUGGAUUACCUACUUUUGUCUAGAUUUGUCAAAUAAGUUUCAACUACAAUUUCCUUUGUCUUGUUGUCGAAAAGAACCAGGGUUUUUUCUAUUCUUUUGAAAUAAAAACAGAAUUGAUAUUUCAACUUAUAAUGUAUGUCAUCAAAUAAUGAAUCUAUAUUCAGUUUGUAAAUAUUACAAAUAUUGAGCUCACUUUAUGAGAAAUCCCAACUUAUAAAAAUUCAAUUCAAAACAAAUACAAUAUUUUUCUUUAUCAGUGACUUUAAUGACUGGUUGUAAUGAAGUUUUGUAAAUAGAGAGACAGGAUUACUGUAUAGUGAGGAGACACAUAUAUUCCCAUAUUCUAUUUUGUAUACAAAUUGUCCAUCGUGUAUAUAGUUGUAUAUAGUUGAUAGAAUGAACGCCAGCCAGUAUAUAGAUACAUGUAUGUGCCUUCCCAAACUCUUUUUUGAAGAUGCUCUUGUAGAAGACCCAUUUUAAUGUUGUUGUUUUUUACUUCGACCUGUGUUUUCAAGUAGUUUGUAAAUCACAGAUUGCAUCAAGAAUAUCUGAGAGAUAAUAUUUAGUACUGAGUUUAAAUUUUGUGUUUAUAAUUGAUUGUCUGUGAAUAAAACAAAGUUGUAUGAAGUCUUUUAGAUGGAAUAUUGUGAAUGGUAUGUGUAUCAAGUAAAAACGUGUAGUUUUGUACAGAUAAUAGAUAAAAACAUGCACUCUGCUUGAGUAUUGUAUUCCAGCUGCAUACAGGUUUAUUGCAAACUUUUUGGGGUAGUAUUUGAGCAUUCAAAAUGCUUUUUUCUAAUUCUUUGUUAUCACCAUGUAGAAGAGUAUUGUAUGAACACAUAUAUCUGGCUUCCAAAAUCUCUAAGCAUGUCUUUCAUUAUUUAGAGUUAGAAUGUUAGAGACUAUGUUAUUAUUAUCCAUGAAACAUUUAUAUUUAAAGCUCUUUCAUCAGCAUGCAUAUUUUCUUAUAAUUUUGGCCAUUCCUAUUCAUUGCAUAUUAUGUUUAUCAAUAUCUCAAUACUUCUUCUUCUUCGCUAUAAGUACAAGCCACCGUUGGGUGUAUUAUCGGACUGAUUGUAGGUGCUGUGCAGGUGUAUAUAUACAGGUAGUGUCUCAAUAAAAGAUCUACAAUGAACUAUGUGCAGUUAAAAAGACAUCCGUAGCUUAACGGAGCUGGGUCUUGAGUACCUCUCUCUUAAAGCUUAGCAGAGAGGUACAGGCGACGGCGGCGGCAGCCUGCAGCUUUUAUACAACUUAUCUCUACUUAUUUCUUUCUGUCUGUUUUUAUUUGUUAAAAUGUAUUCACUCUUUCAAAAAUUGUUAUUUUUAUACCCUAAAGUAUAGGAUGUACAGCCUCAAUUUGGGGUUUAAAUCAAAAUCCAGAAUUAAUAUCAUUGUAUCUAUGUUGAUUUUGUAUUCUCCUAUUCUUGUUUCAUAUUUUUAUAUUCGCAAAAUAAUUUUGUAGCGUUUUCACAAAUGGGCUUUCUUGCAAAUAAAGAAAAAAUAAUUUUCAUUUGUCUACUUUCCAUGAACCAUAUUAUAUGCUAAUGUGAAGUUUAUUGAUCUGCUUUGAAAGCAAUUGUAGUAGGUGAAUUACAAUAAACAAAAGUAGUUUUACUACAGAUAAUCACCAUGUGUAAUUAAAUUCAUUCUGAUUAGCAUUUUGAUAGAUAUUUUGAUAUGUAUUCAAUUUUACUUUAACUUUAAAUCAUUCUUUGAUUUUGUAUAACAAUUUAAGCAAUACAUUUGCCAUAAAGCUGGACUUUUCUAUAUAUUUGUUCAUGUGAGCAAUUUCAAGAGAAUGGUAAAAAAUAGCUGAUGCUUAUAUAACUCUUAUGUGAUAGUAUCAUUAUUCCAGAGUGUUACCAAUGUAUUAAAUAAAAGUCUAUUAUGGAAUAUAAAUGUAUUGAUAGUAAAAUGUAUGAUCACUGCAAUAACAAUAUGACAAAAACAAA